AUGGUUUUCAAGGACUACACCUUUUUCUCAUGUGUCUUUUUAGCGACAACUGUCAUCCUCCUCACUGGCCACGCUCAUGGCGCUGGCCUCUGCGACAAUUCUCCUAAUAAGAAAGUCUGUGAUUCAAUUGUCUACAAUCGGACUGACGCACGUGAUGCCGUGGUUGCAGCCUGUCACAAAUUGGUUGCCGAGACCAAAACUGCAAAGGGGGUGGCUCAACAGCAACCCAAUUCCACCGAAAUUCACAAUUGCAUAACGAAUUUUGACGGUUCCAUUGGCUUCGCCAAUGACGCCUUAAAUUCCCUCAAUAACGGUCAACCCCUUUCCUCAAAUACCUACCUCAUUGCCGCCCGGGCCAACUACAAGUUAUGCGAUGACGGGUUCCAGAAUUCUGGCAAAACCAAUCCCAUUGCCAAAUCUACUAAGCUCUUACAGGACAUGGCUAGCGUCGGUGGAUAUCUAGCAACUUUAGUUAAAACAUGA